UAUUGGGCAUUUGGGAGAUCUAACAAAAGCACCCUCGAAUAGUUGUGAUCCUUAAACGGAAAACCAUCGUUUUCGACGAACUGUACCUUCCAAUGGUGAAUAAGUGAAAAACAAAGGGGACCUUUUUAAAGUAAGUGCAUGCUUUUCAAAGUAGUUUUUAGAUUAUCCUAGCGCAGGACUAGCUUCUCGUUUUUGCGCCAAUUAUGGGUACUAUAUUUCAUGUGAAGGUACAGGACUGUUUUCUUAAAAAGAAAUUUGAUGCGGGGUUUGUUUUUAAUGUGAUGAAUCAGCAUUGAGAUUCAAAGACUAUCUUGAGUAUAGAAUUUGUGGACAGCGGAAAACAUAGUUUGCCGUUCUAAAUAGCCCUUGACCGGAAACUAUCCUUCCGAAAGAGAACAUUGUAAGUAUCUUUCAAAACUAUUAACUGCGCAAAACUACUGAAUGUUCAAGGGCUUUCUUUUUAUAGAUAUGUCCUACAAAACAUGGGUUCAAACAGUUUGUUUUCCUUUUUUAUAGCGAGGAAAUUCAUUCAGUUACUUUGUCUAGACGGAUGUCAUUCAUUUUUAUAGAGGAACAGUCGCGAAUGCUAUGGCUAUUUUUUGUUAAAGAACCCUUAAAAUAUCAACGUCUUCCUCUGUGGCUUAUAUUGACCAAUUUCGCUCGAUUAGUUUAAUUGGGUCCAACACCCAGACUUCCUUGUUUUGAUCAAUUCACGAAUGUCUGAGAAUGAGAGUGGACACGCAUGGGCUACGUAGUAUAAAAGCUGCGCAGGGGAAUUUUUCGUUCAUAGUUGUAUACAGGCAUACAGAAGCAAUCUGUACUGUUUGUUGUAUUGCUCUUAAAAGGGUUGUUUUUCACAGGAAACAAGUAUGGCGCCUUCAAUGUUUACUUCAGCUAUCAUCUCGUCCAUGGUAUUCCAUAGUCUAAUUUCUAUGACAUCGGUCUUGGCAUCAACUUCAACGCAAAGUUAUGCGGUUUGCCCUCAGUAUUUGAGGUCUGCAUACGGAGGCCAUGCCGCCGUUCCGUGCUGGUUGUUGGAUAAUGGCAAUUGCUAUUGCUUCUCAUUAUACAUGGAAUGUUGGUCAAACGCUAAUUACAUGUGCACUCAAGGAGGAAUGAGCCUUGUAGCCAUUGAAACAGGAGAAGAAGACAGUGUGAUCAGUCGGCAUCUUAUGAACAUACCUGAAUUGAAAGGUUAUGCGUACUGGACGGCUGGGAGGUAUAAUGAUACCGAAUGGCAAUGGUUCUCAAACAAGAAACCAAUCACUUUCGACGACCUGAAAAAUACUGAAAAAGUGAAAGACAAAGAGGCCGUAUCAAAUCGAUGCAUUCUUUUAAAUUACGUAGAAGAAGAUUAUCCUAGUGGAGGAUAUGCAUCCCGUAUCUGUGCUAGUUUUGGUUACCGUUUUGUAUGUGAAGCUACAGCACCGUCGCAAUAAUGUUUAACACGUGUUUGGAGAUUGGAUGAUCAUUAAACUCAUAAGACGCCAUGAAUUCAUACACAGCCGAUAUUGAUUAUUACUAGUGCUGCUUAAUACAGAUACCAUUUCCUGAAA